AUGGAGAAAAGUCAGUUCAAAGUGAUUAUUGUCGGUGGCUCCAUCGCCGGAUUGACGCUGGCGCAUUGUCUGAGGCAGGCCAACAUCAGCCACAUUGUCAUUGAGAAACGAGGGAAUAUCUCGCCCCAGGAAGGUGCUUCAGUCGGUCUCUGGCCGAAUGGAUUGCAAAUAUUGCAGCAGCUGGGGCUGUAUGAGGAUCUGGAACGAUUGACGGAGCCCCUGCAAACGCUGCAUGUUUCUUACCCGGAUGGCUUCUCGUUCACCAGUCCUUUCCCUAGAUCAAUCCAUGAACGUAGAUUCGGUUAUCCUAUCGUUUUCCUGGACCGACAAAAGAUCCUCCAAGUCUUGCAUGAACGAUACCCAGACAAGUCCAAUAUUCAUGUCAACACAAAGGCAACGGAGAUUCGACCGUCAGAUAAUGGCAUCUCUGUUGUGACAGACGAUGGAACGGUCUACCACGGCGACCUCGUUGUCGGCGCUGACGGCGUCCAUAGUAAGGUCCGGUCCGAGAUGUGGCGACUCUCAGAUGAAAGUUCCCCGGGCUCUAUCAGCCAAGAUGAAAAAAAGAAUAUGACGGUUGUAUUCGCCUGUGUCUUUGGCAUCUCAUCGCAGAUCGACGGCCUCGUAAGCGGAGAACAUACCGUCAACAACCUGGAUGGGCUGACCAUUCUCACAUUCCAUGGAAAGAGUGGGCGUGUCUUCUGGUUUGUGAUCAAGAAGCUGGAUCAAACGUAUACCUAUCCAAAUGCUCCUCGGUUCUCAACCGACGAUGCAGCACUUCUCUGCGGCCAGCUGGGAAAUGUUCGUGUCUGGAAGGAUGUCUGCAUCAAGGAUAUAUGGAAGAAUAGGGAGGUCGUCUCCAUGACGGCCUUAGAAGAGGGUUUCUUCCAAACGUGGCACUGUGAUCGAAUUGUUCUGAUGGGGGAUAGUGUUCACAAAAUGACCGUCAACAUCGGCCAAGGGGCAAACACCGCCAUCGAAGACGCUGCUGUUCUAUCCUCACUGAUAAACCGACUCAUAAACAGCCACAGUGUGAAGAAGCCCUCCAAUGAGCAGAUCACCCGCCUCCUUCGUGAGUAUCAAACAGCGCGAUAUACCCGCGUAAAACAAAUAUACGACCGAUCACGACUGGCCGUUCGAUUUCAAGCACGGGAUGGCUUCCUCAAGGCUGCCUUUGGCCGGUAUAUUGUCCCAUAUAUAGGCAACCUGGCAGAUCGGCCUUCUCAGCUAGUGGCGGAUGGGGAGGUUAUUGACUUUCUCCCUCGACCUGAGCGAUCUGGGCCUGGGUGGGUGGAUUUUAGCAGUAGAGGAAGGUCGGGGUUGAGGAUCAUGGUGUAUUCUGUUGUUGUAUUAUUGCUGUAUGUCGUGUUUUGGAUGGAUCUACCAUCUUAUAUGCAUAAUGUUUAA